GAAAAAUUAUCUGGCCAGCAAACCAACCAACCACCCAUCGCAAUCCCGUCUCCCGCCUGUGGGUUGUGAGCGUGGCUUAUGUGCGUGGCUUUUACAUUGAAAACUAGUUUUAUCACUUGUGAAUGUAUAAAUAAACGAUGAUGUAUUCACCAUAAUUAUAGACUUAGCCUAUCGUGAUUUAAACUAAGGAAUAAGAAGAUAUGGCUCGAGAUAAGGAUAGGCAUCACCGAAGGCGGUCCAAAUCAAGAUCACGCUCUGAAACUCCAGACAAAAAGAGGAAGAGAUCUAGGAGUAGAGAUCGAGAUAGAGAACGAGAACGAGAAAAAACAAGACAUCGUGAUAGACGUAGUCGGUCCAGGGAAAAGGAAAGAGAAAGGAGUGACCGCAGAGAAAGGUCAGAUAGGGAUAGGGGUGAUAGGGAAAGAGACCGGGAUAGGGACAGAGAUAGGAAACGAGGAGAUAGUAAAGAACGAGAUGGUAAGGCCUCGAGUUCCAAAUCUAGGUCUGGUAAAGAACGUAGAUCGAGAUCUAGAGACCGCAAAGAAAAGGACAAAAAUGAGAACGAUGAGUUGCCAUUUGAUCAUACAAAACUUGAUAAGGAAGAAGAACAAAAACGUUUGGAAUUAGAAAUGCAAAAAAGAAGAGAACGAAUUGAAAGGUGGAGAGCUGAAAGAAAAAAGAAAGAGUUAGAAAUAACCAAAAAAGAUGGAAAGUCAAUGUUAGCUAAUUUACAGUUGCCAGCUGCCAAGAAAUGGUCGCUAGAGGACGACAGCGAUGAAGAAGCACCUAUAAUUGCUAAUAAAGAUACCAAAGAAGAAGAAGAUGAAACAGCAGCAGCAGCAGCAACAGCAACAGCAACAGCAACAGCAACAACAGCAAUAGCAACAGCAGAAGAGACACCCAAGCAAGAAGAACCAGAAGAGAAGAAGGAAGAAAUUAAAGUUGAAGAGGAAGAAAUGGACCCAUUGGAUGCUUACAUGGCUGGAGUGCAAGAAGAAGUGAGGAAAGUGAAUAAAGCUGACAGUAAAGCUGUAAAGCCAGUGGCUACAAGUGCAGGAACUGGAGUGACUGCUGGUGUAGUAAUUGUUACGGGUGUGGCAAAGAAAAAGAGCCAAAAACAAAAAGGUGAAUUAAUUGAACAAAAUCAAGAUGGUCUAGAAUACUCAAGUGAAGAAGAAGGUGAAAAUCUUCAUGAAACUGCUGCUGGUAUCGCAAACAAACAGAAGCGAGAAUUGGCCAAAGUUGAUCACAAUGCAACUGAAUACAUACCUUUCAGAAAAGCGUUCUAUCGCGAAGUACCUGAAAUUGCUCGCAUGACACCAGAGGAGGUGGAAAUCUAUAAAGAGGAGCUCGAAGGUAUCCGUGUGAAAGGCAAAAAUUGUCCAAAACCAAUCAAAUCAUGGGCACAAUGCGGUGUUUCCAAGAAAGAGUUAGAUGUCCUACACAAAUUAGGUUACGAGAAACCAACGCCAAUCCAGUGCCAAGCAAUUCCAGCCAUAAUGUCAGGUCGCGAUCUGAUUGGUAUCGCAAAAACAGGUAGUGGCAAAACAUUGGCAUUCCUUCUUCCUAUGUUCCGGCAUAUUAAGGAUCAACCACCACUUGCUGAUGGUGAUGGUCCAAUUGCUCUUAUUAUGACACCAACUCGUGAGUUAUGCAUGCAAAUUGGCAAAGACUCGAAGAAGUUUACCAAGAGUCUUGGACUGUCACACGUAUGCGUUUACGGAGGUACGGGCAUCUCAGAACAGAUUGCUGAGCUCAAGAGAGGCGCUGAAAUAAUUGUUUGUACGCCCGGCAGGAUGAUUGACAUGCUUGCGGCCAACAACGGCAGGGUCACCAAUCUUCGGCGGGUCACUUAUGUUGUGCUCGAUGAGGCUGAUCGGAUGUUCGAUAUGGGUUUCGAGCCACAGGUAAUGCGAAUAAUGGAGAACGUGCGGCCAGACAGACAAACUGUACUUUACAGUGCCACGUUUCCGCGUCAAAUGGAAGCUCUUGCCAGACGAAUACUCACAAAACCAAUAGAAGUGCAAGUAGGCGGUCGCUCAGUCGUAUGCAAAGACGUCGAACAGCAUGUGGUAGUGUUGGAAGACGAUCAAAAGUUCCUUAAACUGCUCGAGAUCCUCGGCCACUAUCAGGACAAAGGUUCUACUAUAAUUUUCGUGGACAAGCAGGAGAACGCAGAUACUUUACUGAAAGACCUCAUGAAAGCUGCAUACUCGUGUCUAUCGCUACACGGUGGAAUUGAUCAGUGCGAUAGGGAUUCAACUAUACUUGAUUUCAAAGCUGGCAAGGUUAAGUUGCUUGUUGCUACUUCCGUUGCUGCUAGAGGAUUAGAUGUUAAGAGUCUUGUGUUGGUCGUCAAUUACGACUGUCCCAACCAUUAUGAAGAUUAUGUGCACAGAUGUGGAAGAACUGGAAGAGCAGGCAAUAAAGGUUAUGCUUACACCUUCAUAACUACCGAGCAAGAACGGUACGCUGGUGACAUAGUUCGUGCUCACGAACUCGCGGGUGUGCCCGUACCAGAACCUCUUCGUCAACUGUGGGACGGUUACAGAGCAAAACUUGAAGCCGAGGGUAAAAAAGUCCAUACAGGGGGUGGUUUCAGUGGCAAGGGCUACAAAUUCGACGAGUCAGAAGCAGCUUUGGUCAACGAGAAGAAGAAGUUCCAGAAGGCUGCUCUUGGUCUUCAAGAUUCGGACGAUGAGGAUAUAGAAAAUGAUAUCGAUCAACAAAUCGAGACGAUGCUUCAGGCUAAGAAAAUCGUCCACGAAAUGCCAAAAUCAGCGGCCAAUGCAGCAGGUCUCACUGCUGGUAGUAGUGGCGCUCCUGGUACUCCAGUUCCUAGUGCCACUGAAAAACUCGAGUUAGCUAAGAGACUCGCCUCUAGGAUUAAUACUGCGAAGAAUUUAGGUGCUGAGGCUAAGGGUGCGACACAACAGGUUACCGAAGCUAUUCUUAAGGGAGCUGGACCUACCAAUUUGAUUACGGCGAAGACUGUAGCAGAACAACUAGCCGCGAAGCUGAAUACAAAAUUGAAUUAUCAGCCUCGCGAGGAAGAUUUGAUCGAGGGCGAAGAACAAGGCGAGCAAACAUUCCGCAAGUACGAGGAAGAGUUGGAGAUUAACGAUUUCCCUCAACAAGCAAGAUGGCGAGUCACCAGCAAAGAAGCACUCGCUCAAAUCUCCGAGUAUUCCGAAGCUGGUCUCACAGUUCGUGGUACUUAUAUUGCACCUGGCAAAGCACCGCCCGAAGGCGAACGCAAAUUAUACCUCGCUAUUGAGUCGACUAGCGAAUUGGCUGUCAGUAAAGCUAAAGCUGAAGUUUCAAGGCUCAUCAAAGAGGAACUGAUCAAAUUGCAAGCUUCUGGAGCUCAUACGGCAUCGCGUGGACGAUACAAGGUCUUGUAGAACUACUCCGCUGCUUGCGUGAUGAGUUUGCGUGCAAACGUUUCCACGUUGAAAUGUUUGAAGCGCUAUGUAUUAGUGUUUUAAUUGUACCUACGUGCAUUUUUUUUUGUAUAAAAAAUAUAUAAUUAUACAUCUUUAUAUAGACAAAUUAUCGAAUUUUCAUUUUAAAAUCUUUGUUUUUUAAUAUUACGUGGAAAUUGAUUAGUAACACUUAGAUUAUAUAUGAUAGUAAAAAAUUUAUUAUUUAUACAUACAUACAUGC